UGGCUCCAGUCCCCGCUCCCGUGUCCCCUCAGCAGAGCGCGCUAGGCCCCUAACUGUUAGGGUCGGGAUGAAAAAUAUUUGUGUGAUAGGAAUGAUUAUUUUGGCUCGAGAAAUGGUUUCCUCUACGUGCCCCUGUCCUGGCCCCUUUUCCGUGUGCAGAUUUCCACCAUAGCGGCUUCUCAGCCGAUGGCUGCUCCCGUUGCACGUGUUUCUUUGUUUCCUGGGCACAGAAACAAAUAAGCUUUGUGCGCGGGGAAACUUUUCCGAGUCAGAAGUUGCAUGGAGAUUCUGCCAGAUACGAAAAACGAAGCUCUCUAGUAAUAAGCAAAUGGAAAGUAGGAAGGGAAAAAGACUUGAGCGUAGCAACAAUGCAUGAUUUUUGUUUGGUGUUAUGUUUUUUUAAUCCCUAGGAACAUGCUUCAGGAAGGUGCACAUGGAAAAUGGACAGUAUCUAGCAGCGAUGAAAGUACAGAAGAGAAUUCUGAUAGUGAAAAACCCUCUACAUCUUCACUAUUGGAUGCUGCACGUGGUAGAACAAGUGGGCCACAAUAUCCAUGCUCUGAAGCUAGGAAAGCUGCUCACAAGAGAAAAGCUUCUCCUCUGAAGCUCGGUGAUAAAAGUUUUUCUACAGAAACACCUCCAGCAGGAAAACAGAGAGCUAGCCAGGAAGGCUUAGGCUGGUGUCUUUCUAGUAGUGAUGAAGAGCCUGAAGAUCAGGAAAAGCGUGGCCAAAAAGGAACACAGAAAGAAGAAAUAUGUGAAACACCGGAAGAACGUGCUCUGAAUCUUUGCAGAGAUGAUGAACUCUCAGAGAGUCAGCAAGCAGAGGACUAUAAUGAAACACUCAGUGAAACCCAAGAUACCUGGGAUUUGUUGAAUGGCGGGAACCCUUUCAGGUUUUUUCUCACUAAAGUCACAGGGAUUGAACAGACCUAUAAUUCUGGAGCCCUGCACAUAAAAGAUAUUUUGUCUCCUCUUUUUGGGACUCUCAUGUCUUCUGCCCAGUUUAACUACUGCAUAGAUGUGGGAUGGCUUGUAAGACAGUAUCCGCAGGAAUUCAGGAAGAAGCCAUUGUUAAUAGUUCAUGGCGAAAAGAGAGAAUCCAAAGCUGAACUGCUUGCACAAGCACGCCCUUAUGAGAACAUCAGCUUUUGUCAGGCCAAACUGGAUAUUGCAUUUGGAACUCACCAUACGAAAAUGAUGUUAUUGUUAUACGAAGAAGGUCUUCGAGUUGUGAUACAUACAUCCAAUCUUAUUGCUGAAGACUGGCACCAGAAAACUCAGGGAAUAUGGCUAAGCCCUUUAUACCCAAGGCUACCUCAGGGAACAACUGGUUCUGCUGGUGAAUCUGAAACGAAAUUUAAGUCUGACCUAAUAAGUUAUCUGAUGGCUUACAAUUCUCCUGCACUCAAGGAAUGGAUAGACCUGAUUCAAGAACAUGAUUUAUCAGAGACAAGAGUGUAUCUGCUUGGUUCUACCCCUGGACGAUAUCAAGGUAGUGAUAAAGAAAAGUGGGGUCAUCUUAGGCUUAGAAAGCUUUUGAAAGAGCAUGCUUCCUCAAUACCAGCACAGGAAUUGUGGCCUGUUGUUGGACAGUUCUCAAGCAUUGGUUCAAUGGGAGCUGAUGGGUCCAAAUGGCUGUGCUCAGAGUUCCAGGAGAGCCUGGUGGCUGCAGGCAGCAGUGUGACAUCUCUUCUGAAAUGUGAUGUUCCAAUUCAUUUGGUUUAUCCUACUGUGAACAAUGUGAGGCAGAGUCUGGAAGGCUAUCCUGCUGGUGGCUCACUUCCGUACAGUAUACAGACAGCACAGAAACAGCUGUGGUUGCAUUCCUAUUUUCACAAAUGGUCAGCAGAAGUCUCAGGUCGAAGUCAUGCUAUACCUCACAUUAAGACAUACAUGAGACCCUCUCCUGACUUUCAGAAGAUUGCAUGGUUCUUAGUUACAAGUGCCAAUCUAUCUAAAGCAGCUUGGGGAGCUCUGGAGAAAAAUGGCACCCAACUGAUGAUCCGUUCAUAUGAACUGGGGGUCCUUUUCCUGCCUUCAGCGUUUGGAUUGGACAAAGGUUACUUUCAUGUGAGAGGCAAAAUGCUUUCAGAAAGUAAGGAUUCAGCAACAUACUUUCCUGUACCUUAUGACCUGCCACCAGAACAGUAUGGAAGCAAAGAUCAACCAUGGAUUUGGAAUAUUCCUUACACUAAUGCCCCUGAUACACAUGGAAACAUGUGGGUUCCAUCGUGAAUGUUUCCAGUAUUGUGAUGGUUCACUUACUGACACUGAGCCUGCCACGCUACUUGCAAGACUACUUAUUUCUGGUUUUUAAGCUAUAAUGUCUGCUAUAAUGGCUAAUCUGUAGUUGAAAGAAACAUUAAAAUGUUGAUAAUGGGGAGAUUCUUGGAGAUUCUAUAACCAUAUUAUAAACGAAGCUGCAUUUUUAAAUACCCUUUUAUAUGCUUUUUCCUUCCUGUGGUUCCUAAUAUGCUUUUCAAGACUGAAACAAGUGUAGACUGUUCUCAGCGAUUCUGCAUUUUUAGCUGUAAUGAAUUUCAAAUUUACUGUUCUGUGAGACUAUUAGUUGGCCCUUGUAGCUGGAAUAAAAGUUAUUGUAUGUAAAAUUUAAAUAAAAAUAAA